AUGCAGGGGAAUUCAGUGCUGUCGCCCUCUCCAUCCUUCAACAGCUACUCUUCAGGCAAACUCCAUGGGAUCGCCACCAGAGUCGUUGAGGAACUUCGCCAUGAACACGACUCAGAUGCUAAUCAUAUCUUUGCCUGCGCUCCAGAAAAUUCUCCUCUCCAAUUCCAAGAAACCUCAAACACUGGACCUCUGCAGCAGCAAAAGCAACAACAAGAAGGCAGAGACAAUAACGAUGGCGAGGAUGAUUUUGAGUUCCCUUUUGUUUGCAGAGAACCGCACUCGUCCACAAUCUCCGCCGACGAGAUCUUCUGCAAUGGCCGGAUCAGACCCAUUCAACCCAUUUCCAUAUUCGACCAAAGCCUAGUCGCAAACUAUUCACUUACAAAGCGAACCGAUUCUUCAAAAAAGUCGAGGCUUCGUCGUCCUCCUCUGAGAAAGCUUAUGACCGAGGAAAGAGAACGGGAAGCAGCACGCGAGCCAGCGUCUUGCUCUUCCUCAGAAGCUGACGAGCUGGAUGGGGUACCAACCGGAACCUACUGCGCGUGGACCCCAAAAAAAGGCCAAGCUAAAGCCGAGGCAGCGCCUUCUUCGCACGGUGACUGCAAGAAGAGCAAUUCGACCGUCUCUUCCAAGAGAUGGAAGCUCCGGGACUUUCUUUAUCGGAGUAACAGCGACGGGAAUGAGACGUUCGUCGUAUUGACGCCUAGCAAGAAGACGAUCACCGAUGCGUCGCCGGCGCCGGUGUCGGCGAACGAGAACAAGGGGAAGGUGCGGGAUGCCGAUUAUGCGAGGAACAGGGCGGUGAAGGAAGCUGGGGAUAAGAGGAAAUCGUCUUUCUUGGUUGGGUUCUUCGCUCAUGUCGAUGGUCUGAGUUGGAAGUUGCAUGAGUUCGCAGCCACUGAGAGAUGA